AUGGAAUGCAUUGAAAAUACAAUCAUCACAGGUUUCAAGCGGAAACGUUUUGUAUCCGAAUCUGAUGCUGGAUCAUCGUCGACUCAUGACGAAUCUUCAGCAUCAUCAUCAUCAUCACCACCACCACCACUGGGGAACAAGAUAACAACAAGAAGUUCGAAACAAAAGCCCCGGAGGCCCUUGCCCUUGAGAUCUACCAAAGGCGUCAGUUCGCCUUCACAGGGUUCCGAGAAGCUGGAUACAAGCGAUGCUUCCAAAUCCAAGAGCAAGACGAAGGAAGGAAAGAAUGAUGUCAACAACAUGAACUGUCUCGUGUCUGCCAUUGGUAUCAUAGAGGGACUAGAAAACAAAUCAUUGUCUCCCACAGUUGUACAAACCAACACGAAUGGCGAGGAAGGCAAGGAAAACUCUGAUCCAGUCAAGAAGAAUAACGCAAAAGGAAUUGUCGAAUUGGUAUCUCAACAUGUUGGAAUAAGUCGUCACCGUGCUCCACCUGCAAUCUUCUCUCCACUCGGCAGUAUUCAUAAUCAAGACCAAACUACAAACCAGGAUUCGCUGCAACUUUCACAAGUCGAUCAUCAAAUGGACACUGGACCGACUAAAAACAAGCAGUCACAUUCGCCACACCUACUACCUAUUCCAGGCGCUAAUACCGUGGAACAAAUGCUAGUGGCAACCAAUGCAGAGCUACGUCGAAAGCAUUGCCAAUUCGAGCAACAAAUGGUACAACAAGCAAAUCAGAUUCGAGAUCUACACGCCAAACUUCAGAAUCAGGCCACCGAACAUAAUGCUGCUGUCAUGAAACUAAAGGAGGAGGAAUCGAGACGAAUGCUGGUCAAAACGACGAAUGAGACCAAAGAGCGAAUCCAACGUUUGCAGGACGAAAACGAUGCCCAAAAAGAUGCUCUCAAGAAGAAGUUUGACGAACAAAUGAAGAGUAUUCUGGAGGAAAAGGAUGCCCAACUAGAGACUCUCAAGAAGGAACUUGAAACGGGUCAAUCCGAGAGAGCAAAGGAUAAGCAAAUCAUGCAAAGUCUCGUCAAACAUUCUGCCGAGCAAGAUACUCUCAACAAGAAGUGCGAAGCACGAAUGAAGAAUAUGUUGAAGGAAAAGGAUGUCGAACUAGAGACUUUCAAGAAGGAACUUGAAACGGUUCGAUCCGAGAGCAAAAAGGAGAAGCAAAUGAUGGAAAGCAACUCUCAGCGCUCUGCCGCGAAAAUCAAGGAGCAAUCGGAGGCAUUGGACCGUUACCGUUUGGAGCACAAUCGAAAGGAAAGCUUGCUUCGGACUGAAAACAACAAGCUCAAGAAAGAGAUCUCCAAGAUGCUGAAAACUGGGGAGAAAACAACACGCAUCAUUGAUGACAAGGAACGGCUAGUAGAAAUCCUUCGCAAGCAAAAUUAUGAUAUUGGCCAACGCCUCGGAGAGUCAAAGCAGUAUUUUGAACAACAGCUUAACACGGCUCAGCAACAACACAAUGACAAAAUGAAUUCCUUUGAAGCAAUGCUACAGAACGCUUUACAGCAGCAACGAAGUUUUUCGUCCGAGAAGCAACAGCUCAAUCGCGACAAGCGGGCGAUGCAGCAGACUAUUGGUUGUCUGGAAACAAGUCUGGAGGAGAUGGAACAAGAAUUGGAACAAUUGAAGUUGAAUCAUGCCAUGCAAAUUGGUUUGAUGCCAAGUGCCGACGAAGAAGAAGAUUGA